CGAUUAGUGUAAUAAAAAUGGGGUUAGAGAGAAAAGUGUACGGUUUGGUUAUGGUAUCUUUGGUACUUAUGGCUAUUGCAACGAUGUAUUGUGUCCAAGCUACGAUCGAGGAAGAAGCGGCUAAGGAUGAAUCAUGGACUGAUUGGGCCAAGGAAAAGAUCGGUCUCAAGCACGAAGACAACAUCCAACCCACUCACACCACCACAACCGUACAAGACGACGCUUGGAGAGCGAGUGAAAAAGCCGAGGACGCAAAAGAGGCGGCUAAACGCAAAGCAGAGGAAGCGGUUGGAGCCGCAAAGGAGAAAGUGGGAUCGGCUUACGAGACAGCUAAAUCGAAAGCUGGCGAGGGUUUGGGUUCCGUGAAAGACAAGGCCUCUCAGGGUUACGACUCGGCUGGUCAAGUUAAGGAUGACGUGUCUCACAAGUCAAAGCAAGUUAAAGAUAGCUUGUCGGGAGAUGAAAACGAUGAGUCUUGGACUGAUUGGGCCAAAGAGAAAAUCGGAAUCAAGAAUGAAGACAUCAAUAGUCCUAACUUGGGAGAGACGGUGUCGGAGAAGGCUAAAGACGCUAAGGACGCGGCUAAACGCAAAGCAGGAGAUGCUAAGGAGAAGUUGGAGGAAACGGUUGAGGCGGCGAAAGAGAAGGCGAGCGAUAUGACGAGUGCAGCUAAGGAGAAGGCGGAGAAGUUGAAGGAGGAAGCAGAGAGGGAGAGUAAGAGUGCGAAGGAGAAAAGUAAGGAAAGCUACGAGACUGCGAAAUCUAAAGCCGAUGAGACUUUGGAGUCUGCAAAAGAUACGGCGUCGCAGAGUUACGACUCAGCUGCGCGUAAAUCGGAGGAAGCUAAAGAUACCGUGUCACACAAGUCAAAACGUGUUAAAGAGAGCUUGACCGACGAUGAUGCUGAGCUCUAAGAAGUUGGUAGAAAAUCAUCGAUGUCUUGAACAGUGUUAAGAUGUUGAUCUGGCUGUUUCUUGUUACAGAUGUUUAAUUAUGUAUCAUGUUUUAAUCUUUUCAUGUUUUAAUCUUUUUGUUUUGUUGUGUAUGUGUUGAUCUUUUGGGAUAUACACCUUACGUUCUGAAUUAAAGAGGCUAGAUGCAA